ACGGUCAAAAUUUUUCUUUGGUAAAGAUAGGCAUUAGAUUUUUACCUGUGUUUUCUAGAUCUCACCUCCAAGCACCAAGCUUAUCUUCACCAAAGAAAAAAUUUGGCCGUCGUCUAAAUUGUCAUAAAUUUUUACUUGUAAUUUUUUACAUCUGAGGUGUUUUUGUUUGGAUAUGUUAACUACUUUCUUCCCAAUUUCUCGUCAUUUGCCGUUACUCUUAUAAACGGAACCAUAAAAAUGUCUUCCAUUGAUAUCCUUAAGAAAAUAGAUUCCGAUAACUCGUAUUGGACUUUUCUCUAUAAUUUGACGUUUAGAAUCACGUAUCUACGCCAAUGCGAGAUCAACGGAAAUCUAACCGGAGACGAUAUUCGCUUCAUUUUUCUAGUGUAUAUUCGUAGUCUUCUUCGGUAUCAUCUGGGUUAUUGUCCUUUAUUUCUUCUGUUACGUCGGUCGUCAUUUGCAUUGAUGUACCGAUAGAUUAGUGGGUUUUUUUUCAAUUCGGUUUCAGCUUUUCGUGUUAUAGCAGUCGAAAAAGUCAAAUUUUUCUAUCGCACCCGACCAUUUGUCCCGCUUUUACUAUAUUUUUUCCUUAUAUGCACUUUUAAAUAACUUUUUUUAACUUUAUUAUCGCUCUUUAGUUUAAUAUGAUUAAAAAAAACCAUAUAAACAAAAUCAGUGACGAAAGAAGUUUUCUGUUUCUACAAAAUAUUUACUGUUAAAAUCGUCCAAAGGCCAAUAAUUUUUAAAAAGGAAAAUUUCCAGAGUUUUAAUAAUAAAUAAAUAUACAAGAAAUACGGUAAUUCCACGUUAUUCGCAGGGAUUACAUUCCGCAGAUAACACUAGGUAUAUUAUACGAAAACAGCUGGUAAAAAUAUUGUCAUAACUGAUCAACGAUCGACCUACUCGUACAGUACUUUAGUGAAAAAAAAUUUUUUUUUACUUAGGUUCAAAGAUUACAAAUUCACCAACGUACAGAUCGCUGCUGGAUAUUUGAGUGUAAAUCGUGUGUUUAUUUCAAAUAUCGAGUAGCGAUUCUCCACAAUCAACAGAAUGCAACCGAACUUUAAAAAAUCCUGUGUCGGAUAGGAAGUCUGACAAAUACGGUGCAAGUGCAUCCUGCGCGGUGCCAAAUAAAAGCCAUAGAGCUCUCUAAUUGACGUAUUCACGUUGAAAAAAUAUCAAAGCCAACUAAGUAAAUUAUUUACAUAGUUGUACUUUGUAACGAAUAAAAAUUUUCUUUCAGUACGUGAUCCGAAAAUGCCGACCCUGCACAUUGCGUUCGGGUUCGUUUCGAAAUGCACUUUGCCACUCGAAUUAAUGGCUAAUUUUUAUUGGCUCGUCGGAUUUAGAUUAUCUCCAUCCGAGUGGAACGCGGAAGCACUCGUCGACCUUAGCAACAAAUAUUAAAAACUUUUUAUUCCGAUUUUGCCACCGUAGAUUAAAUAUUACCUAAACUGCAUAUUUGUAACCGAGGUUUUUCGUACGACCGCGUUAAGUGGAAGUCACAUGAUCAGUGGAAACUCGUCGCCAUCGAAAUGCGCGGUAUACAUUAAUAGAUAGUUCGUCUGCUACCUUUUUGGUGGAUCUGCUCCACGUUUUUCUCGCCGAUUGUCCGGCACUCCGAGGAAUAUAUAGAAUCCUGACACCCUACUCUUCUCCGAUUCGUUCCUCUGGACACUUCGUGAUAAACAACGGUUUUGCCACACACGUAUCCGGCGCUGUCUUCGCUUCUCCGAUAAGGUGAUGCAAUCCCGGCGUGUUUCCGAGUCAGAUGAUGCCCUGGAUAACUGGGAUGAUAGAGACAGACCUUCGCUUCUCGGUUUAGGCGAAAGAAAAGUUUAUCACACUUUUGGUAAUGCGAUGGAUUCCUAUCGGCUACCGGAAAAACAACCCAUGAAGGAUCGAAAUGAAGAAAGCGUUCAGUUGAAAAAGGAAAUAGGACUUCUGAACAGCGUGGCCAUGAUCGUUGGAAUUAUCAUAGGAUCCGGUAUCUUCGUCUCGCCGCGAGGUGUUUUGCAAGAAGCUGGAUCCAUAGGACUUGCCAUAAUAGUCUGGACGUUGUGUGGCGUUCUCUCCAUGCUUGGAGCUUUAUGCUAUGCCGAACUCGGUACUUCCAUCCCGAAAUCGGGUGGUGACUAUGCCUAUAUUUACGAGGCAUUCGGCCCUUUGCCCGCGUUUCUGUUUCUGUGGGUGGCCAUUCUGAUUAUCAUGCCGACAGCCAAUGCCAUUGCGGCCCUGACUUUUGCCAACUACAUACUGGAACCUCUCUUCAGCAACUGUUUGCCUCCGGCCAGUGCCGUCAGACUCUUCGCAGCCCUUGUCAUAUGUCUGCUAACUUUUAUUAAUUGCUACAAUGUAAAAUGGGCAACUAGAGUUCAAGAUAGUUUUACUCUAGCUAAAGUGAUUGCUUUAAUUAUCAUUAUCUUAACUGGAUUAGUUCAUCUUGUCUUAGGAAAUACAGAAAAUUUUAAUGAACCAUUCAAAGGCACUACUACUCAUCCAGGAUAUAUUGCAUUAUCUUUUUAUUCAGGAUUAUUUUCAUAUGCUGGCUGGAAUUAUUUAAAUUUUGUUACAGAAGAACUGAAAGAUCCCUUUAGAAAUCUUCCUCGUGCUAUUUACAUCUCACUACCAUUAGUGACUGCCAUAUAUGUUCUGGCUAAUAUUGCUUAUUUUGCUGUUUUAACACCAUAUGAAGUGCUGUCAUCAAAUGCUGUGGCUGUGACAUUUGGGGAACGUGUUCUGGGUGUAAUGUCUUGGAUAAUGCCGGUGUCUGUUGCAUUAUCAACAUUUGGUGGUCUUAAUGGAAAUAUAUUUGCAUCCUCCAGAUUAUUUUUUGUUGGUGCUCGGCAAGGACAUCUUCCACGUUCUCUUGCAAUGAUUAGCAUUAAUUAUUUUACUCCAAUGCCCAGUCUUGUUUUUCAGGGAGUGUUGAGUCUGGCAUACUUAUCGACGAUUCAAGUGUACGUUCUCAUAAAUUAUACGGCAUUCAUAGAAGCUCUGUUCGUAAUGUUUUCUGUAGGUGGAAUGCUGUGGUUAAGGAUAAAACAGCCCCACAUGGAAAGACCCAUCAAAAUUAAUCUAGCAAUUCCAGUCAUAUUCAUGAUCGUUUGUAUAUUUCUGGUGUUUCUGCCAUUUUACGUUAGUCCAUGGGAAACGGGUAUAGGCAUAGCCAUAACCGUCUCGGGAAUUCCUGUUUAUUUUUUAACUAUAUAUUGGAAAGAUAAACCGAAAAUGUACAAGAAAGUAAUCGCUUGGAUUACUUUGAUUACUCAAAAAUUAUUAAUAAGCGUGGAACAAGAAGGAAAAGUAGAAUGAAAAGUUAAUUUUACGAUACAAUUUAAAAUUUUAAACUAAACUUAAAAGUAAAUGACGAUUUCUAGCACACGCACUACCAAAACUUACUUCGUUAUGGUGUAAAGUCGGAAAGUUUUAUCUUACGUCACUGUCGUUCCGUAGAAUUUUUAAUGUUUAUAACGACGACACUCAGUAGUGGAAAUACUCGCCACGGGACAUUUUGUUUUAUUGGAGAAUUUUCUAUUCUUAUUGUUCGGUGUAUUUUUGAAUUUUCUUUUUUCUGCCUAUGGCAUUCAUUUUUAAUAUCUUCUGAAGUCAUUCGUAAGUACUCUUCUAUUUACACUUCGUAUCGUAUUCGUGUGAUUUUUUUUAAAUGCGAAAGAAAUCACGUGCCUUCGAGAGAAUUUCGGAGCGAGCCGGCAAUUGGCGUCUUUCUACCAGUCUACGUAGGCCUACUUUUAUUUACUUGAAGUGUUAUAUUAUUUAUUUUGCUGCUAAUAAAUAAUACGUAAUAUAAUACUUUUAACAAACAGCGUCUAAUUAAUAAUCCUAAGUAAAAAUGGUGCCGAAAAUUGUAUUAUUCGUUUACCUACGUAAAUAACAAAGGUUUAACGCAGCGAUACCGAUCUAUUUGUUUUCUUGUCCAUUUUCACGAAAUACGAAAGUUUUAAUUGGUUGGAUUUUAGUGGCCGCGAUUUGCAGCAAUAUAUGAGCCGUUGAUUUUGAAAGUGGGGUAAGUCCAUUUUAUGUUGUUGCUAUAUAUUUAAUGGUGUGCAUUUGAAUGGGUUAAAAGUAUUCGUAAGCAGUAAUAGACUUAUUUUAUGUUUUUUUUUUUUUUGGUCUUAUUUCAUGUAAAUUUAAUAGGCAAUAAUGGUUAUCCGUGGUAGGUGAAAAAAUCAUCAUUUUGUUAUGUGCCAAUGGACUUUCCUCAAUUUCAAAAGCAAUGAUUUGUUGAAAACGUUGAUUUUUUUAAUGGAAUAUAAUUAUAACAACAAAAAAUUGAAUAUUUUAUUUAUUUACUUAUUUAUUUUAUU